AUGGAGAAGAAGGUGGUCAUGAACAGCUUCAGGAACGGUGGAUUUGAGGCAGAGGAAAGUGUCUCUGAUAACCCCUUUAAAAAGGGACAAGCUUUUGAGAUGUUCACUGUCAUCAAAUCCGAAGGAUAUCAGGUAUACGUGAAUGGCAAGGAGCAGUACACAUUCAGGCACCGUAUACCAUUGGAAAAAGUGUCAGCGUUAAAUAUCACUGGAGAUGUUGCAGUGAACCUUUUUGGCUUCAUACAAAACUGGAGCACAUCUUCAUUUCCUACAGAAGUUACAACAAAAAUCAUCAGUCUGGGCAGCUCACGUGGGGAACGUUCAACCGUACAGGCAGAGAUCUUGCAGCCAGUCCAAAACCCUAUCCUUCCUUAUGUGGGCCCAAUUUCUGGAGGACUGAGAGAAGGCAUGGCCUUGUACUUUCAAGGAGUUGUUCCCACUAAUGCUGACCGACUGGGCAGUCCGAGGGCGAUGACAUUGCUUUCCACUUCAACCCUCGAAUGGAGAAAGGUGGUCAUGAACAGCUUCAGGAACGGUGGAUUUGAGGCAGAGGAAAGUUUCUCUGAUAACCCCUUUAAAAAGGGACAAGCUUUUGAGAUGUUCAUCGUCAUCAAAUCUGAAGGAUAUCAGGUAUACGUGAAUGGCAAGGAGCAGUACACAUUCAGGCACCGUAUACCAUUGGAAAAAGUGUCAGCGUUAAAUAUCACUGGAGAUGUUGCAGUGAACCUUUUUGGCUUCAUACAAAACUGGAGCACAUCUUCAUUUCCUACAGAAGUUACAACAAAAAUCAUCAGUCUGGGCAGCUCACGUGGGGAACGUUCAACCGUACAGGCAGAGAUCUUGCAGCCAGUCCAAAACCCUAUCCUUCCUUAUGUGGGCCCAAUUUCUGGAGGACUGAGAGAAGGCAUGGCCUUGUACUUUCAAGGAGUUGUUCCCACUAAUGCUGACCGGUUUGAAAUAAAUUUCAAGACUGGGCAGUCCAGUCACGAUGACAUUGCUUUCCACUUCAACCCUCGAAUGGGCUCAAAGGUGGUCAUGAACAGUUUCGGGAACAAAAAAUGGGGAGCUGAGGAAAGUUUCUCUGAUAACCCCUUUAAAAAGGGACAAGCUUUUGAGAUGUUCAUCGUCAUCAAAUCUGAAGGAUAUCAGGUAUACGUGAAUGGCAAGGAGCAGUACACAUUCAGGCACCGUAUACCAUUGGAAAAAGUGUCAGCGUUAAAUAUCUUUGGAGAUGUUGCCGUGAAUCUUUCUGGCUUCAUUCAAAACUGGAGCACAUCCUCAUUUGUUACUAAAGUCAAGUCAUCAAUCACUAGUCUGCGUGGGGAACUUUCCACCGUACAGGCAGAGAUCUUGCAGCCAGUCCAAAACCCUAUCCUUCCUUAUGUGGGCCCAAUUUCUGGAGGACUGAGAGAAGGCAUGGCCUUGUACUUUCAAGGAGUUGUUCCCACUAAUGCUGACAAGUUUGAAAUAAAUUUCAAGACUGGGCAGUCCAGUCACGAUGACAUUGCUUUCCACUUCAACCCUCGAAUGGGCUCAAAGGUGGUCAUGAACAGUUUCGGGAACAAAAAAUGGGGAGCUGAGGAAAGUUUCUCUGAUAACCCCUUUAAAAAGGGACAAGCUUUUGAGAUGUUCAUCGUCAUCAAAUCUGAAGGAUAUCAGGUAUACGUGAAUGGCAAGGAGCAGUACACAUUCAGGCACCGUAUACCAUUGGAAAAAGUGUCAGCGUUAAAUAUCUUUGGAGAUGUUGCCGUGAACCUUUUUGGCUUCAUACAAAACUGGAGCACAUCUUCAUUUCCUACAGAAGUUACAACAAAAAUCAUCAGUCUGGGCAGCUCACGUGGGGAACGUUCAACCGUACAGGCAGAGAUCUUGCAGCCAGUCCAAAACCCUGUGAGUGACCGAUCCUUUCCAGUGACUUCUGAAUGCACAACAAAGUGCAAACACUUAAUGAAACAGCAGUGCAUGAGAACUGUUUCAUCCAAGAGCAAUUGUCUCACCAUAGUUUCAGGAUUAUGA